ACCCCCUGUUCGCUGCGCGUCAUUCCCCAACCCGAGUUAGAUUUUUUUUGUCCCUUCUCUCUCUGGGGACGCAUGAGCAGCUGGAGCUCUCCAGCACAAGAUGCAAAGCACCACCGUACUCCGACCAUGCGCACAGCACAAUGGGUAUGUCAGCGAUGCGCUUUCGCUCUGGCAAGGCCUGCAAUUGCAAGGACAGGACCCUUGAACAGUCCACUGCAGCGCCAAUUCUUGAGAUUUGCCACCACUGAUGCUGCGACGACCCUCCCGCCCGCGCUCCUCCAACGCGCCCGCAACAUCGCCGCAGAGCACAGAGACCUACAAGGCGUUCUGGCGCACGACUUCGACCCGAAAGCAGCCAAGAGGCUAGGCGACCUGAGCCGAGUAGCCACCGCCCUCUCGGAAUGGGAAGCCGCACGGUCGUCUCUCAACGAGCUCACCACGCUCCUGUCGUCCCCCGACUCGGACAAGGAGCUGCGAGAACUGGCGCAGGAUGAGCUGGACUCGACGCACGAAUCACUGGCCAGCCUGACGACCGCCUUGUCGGCUUCCCUGACGCCGCGCGACCCCUUUGCCGACUUGCCAUGCCUGCUUGAGAUACGACCCGGCCCGGGAGGACAAGAGGGCCGCUACUUCGCCGACGCCUUGUUCAAGAUGUACAAGAACUACUGCGCACGCGUCGGGCUGCGAGCCAACGUCGUCAAGUACGACACCGCAGACGGCGCCGAGUCCCUGGGAGGAGCCGGGUCCGAAACGCCCCUCAGCGAAGCCGUCCUCGAGAUCCUCAACCCCGGCUCCUACAACACCUUCCGCGGAGAGGCGGGCAUGCACCGCGUGCAGCGGGUACCGGUCACCGAGACCAAGGGGCGGACGCAUACGAGCGCCGUCGCCGUCUGGGUACUGCCCAGUUUCCCCGAGGCCGGCAACGAGGCCGAGGCCGAUUUCAAUGAUCCCAGCUCCGACUUUUACAUCGACCCCAAGGAGGUCCGGGCCGAGAAGAUGAGGGCGAGUGGUGCCGGAGGACAGCACGUCAACAAGACCGAGUCCGCCAUUCGCCUGACUCAUAUACCUACCGGUACCGUCGUAUCGAUGCAGGAUUCGCGGUCGCAGCACCAAAAUCGCGACAAGGCCUGGCAGCUGCUGAGGUCCCGGGUCGCCAUGCAGAGGAGGGAAGAGCGCGAAGAGAGGGCAUCGACGCUGAGGAAUAGUGUGCUCAGCAAGGAGAAGAUCACCAGGGGUGACAAAAUCAGGACCUACAACUACCAGCAGGACCGCUGCACCGAGCACAGGGCCGGCAUUGACGUGCAUAACCUGCCAGACGUACUUGGCGGUGGUGAGAUGCUGCAGAAGAUCAUGGACGGCGCGCAAGAAUACCUGGUUGCGAGAGAUAUCCGGGCACUCAUCGUCGAGGAAGAGCUGAAAGCACAGGAUGCCGAACACGCUGCGAAUGGGAGGCCGGGAAAGAAGUAGCGAGCGACUUUUUUGGCCAGGCAAAACAGGCCAUGCCAUUGGUAGUUGUCAUGCAACGGCGUGAACAGACCGAAACUCAUACCGCGUCGGAGAGCUUUGUAUAAUACUGUACCGUGAUGAAUCAUUGUAUAUAUCGAAGCUACACAGCACACUAGACUAAGGUUACUAUGUAAAUAUAGAGCGAGUCAAAGCCUAACCAGAAUUAGACAAAUGCCUGGAAAACAUGGCUAUUUAUGUGCGCUUUUGCAGGCAG